CAACAACAAAAUAAAAAACGACCUAUUGCAGCUGUCGAUAAAGCAAAUACACCACGUCCAUAUAAAUGUCCUAUGUGUCCCAAGUCCUUUUAUCGUCUUGAACAUCAAACUAGACAUAUUAGAACACAUACAGGUGAAAAACCUCAUAAAUGUACUUUUCCAGGUUGCGAAAAACGCUUUUCUCGUUCAGAUGAAUUAACACGUCAUGUCCGUAUUCAUACUUCACCUAAUAAAAGAAGAGAACGUAGACAGAAUAAAUCAAAGAGAGCUCGUACAGCUACACCUGCUCCUUCUGUUACUGCUGUUGCUCUUACCGCUCAUCAUUCAAUGCCUCCCUCUCCAGCUUUAUCUACAACAAGUUCACAUUUUAAUGACUUUCAACAUCAUUCGGAUUCUGAUGCAGAGUUCCUUUUUACACCAGAGACAUCUCCUCAAAUCUCUCCUCGUCUCAUAUCAUCAAAUCAAAGUUUACAAAAGUUGACUCAACAUCAUGCAAGUUUAUUAGAUCUUCUCGAUCGUCCUCCUCAAGCUCGUGUCUUGCCUCCUAUUGUUACAAGUCAAUAUGCUUACGUUGAUAAAUCUCUUCCUUCUAUUCAUUCUGUGUUGCCUUAA